CUGUGCGCGCUGAGCUGAGCUCCGGGGGGACUCACUCUCGCACACCGCUUGCAUUCUUGUCAUAUGAUUUUGUUUAAGGAAAGUACAGAUUGCUACAGUCACUGAUACUCCAAUCAUAAGCGCAAGGGGCAUCGUUUUGGCCGGCAUUUGUUUCCCUUUUCGCCCUGGCUGUGUGUGUAGUGUGCUGUUGCAGCGGCACUGAGAAGGCAGAAUGGGCGAAACCCUCAGUUUAUUCGUGUAACUCCGGACAUGGAUUCGACGUUCUCGCGGGGCGACAAAGACGAUGAAGCCCACCUGGGGGACCUGGGGCGGGGCAGAGUGAGGAUGCGUGAGCGUCCUCUGUGGGACUACCCUCCACACUUCCCCUGGUCCAUGGAGGCGGGCGAGCCCUUCACCUCCCCUCUGCUGCAGACAGGGGGCGCCCCCGCGCCGGACUUCGGCAUGACGCUGGAGCAGAAGACCACCUUCGCCUUCGUCAUCUUCCUCUUCGUCUUCCUGGGGAUCCUGAUCGUGCGGUGCUUCCGCAUCCUGCUGGACCCCUACCGCAGCAUGCCCACCUCCACCUGGGGCGACGGGCUCGACGGGCUCGAGAAGGGCCAGUUCGACUACACCCUCGCCUAACAACCCUACACACCUGUACACCUGUACUCUCACCUGGGUACACACCUGUACCCCUGUACUCUCACCUGGGUACACACCUGUACGCACCUGUACUCACAUGUACACAGGCUGGAAGAGCUCGGGAAGGGCCAGUUUGACUACACCUGUACACACCCGUAUUCACACCUGUCUGACGCGGGAUAUUGUUUACACGAGUACCUGGGGGAGGGUGUCUCUCUGGGAUCCCUCCCUCACUGGACGUCCCUCCCUGCCCGUUACAGGGUCCAGAGCCCCCCCCCCACACCUCCUGAUCACCUGAUACCUCACAGUCUGAAGCUGGGUGAACCUGCACAGGUGUGGGACACCUGCGUACCAACCGUCCACUGAGCCGCCAUGAGCGCUCUGACCUGGCCCGCUCGCGAUAUCCUGCGCCCAGCGAGACGCGCCCCGAUCCAGCCCGAAAGA